GGAGGCAGGCGCGCCGGGCGGUGCGGCCAGGACAGGCGCUGGGCGGCCGCCGAGCUCCGGACGCCGGCACGUCCCCAGCGCCCCGGCCGGCUCCGCCGGGCGGCCUGCGGGGGCGGCGCAGUUGCGAAACUGAGCAUCUGAAGCAUGUUUCCAGGACCCUGACAAGACUAGAACACUUCCCAUCCUAUUCCAGAGAACCUUGACUUAUCCAGAAUUUUGUAAUUAUACAAAUCUAAAAAGGAGAGACUUUAAUGUUAGCAUAUAUGUGCCUGUGUACCUCUUCCUAGAAUACCUGUCUGGUGCUCUCCUCUUCCUCAAGACUACCUCAGCACUCCUCCCACUUGGGGACUCCAGCGCCGUAAGCUGACUACACAAGACUCUGCCUUCCCCAUAUUUCCAUAGCCAGCGACAUGACCUGACACCUUGAUGACCAGUCUCAGGGCCCUUAAGUGACUGGCUGCUACACCAUGGAACUUAAAGUAUGGGUGGAUGGAGUUCAGAGGAUUGUUUGUGGGGUCACCGAAGUUACAACUUGCCAGGAGGUUGUAAUAGCCUUAGCUCAAGCGAUAGGUCGAACAGGAAGGUACACUCUUAUAGAAAAAUGGAGAGAUACUGAAAGACACUUAGCACCUCAUGAAAAUCCUAUCAUAUCCUUAAACAAAUGGGGGCAGUAUGCUAGUGAUGUACAGCUAAUUUUACGUCGGACGGGGCCAUCUCUUAGUGAGCGACCCACUUCAGACAGUGUGGCUCGAAUUCCGGAAAGAACUUUAUAUAGGCAGAGUUUGCCCCCAUUGGCUAAACUGAGGCCUCAGAUUGACAAAUCAAUCAAAAGGAGAGAACCUAAAAGGAAAUCAUUAACAUUUACAGGAGGUGCCAAAGGAUUAAUGGACAUUUUUGGAAAGGGUAAAGAAACUGAAUUUAAGCAAAAGGUGCUGAACAACUGCAAGACAACAGCAGAUGAAUUAAAGAAGCUGAUACGGUUGCAGACAGAGAAGCUUCAAUCCAUUGAGAAAGAGCUAGAAUCAAAUGAAAUUGAAAUACAAUUUUGGGAGCAAAAAUAUAAUUCUAACCUUGAAGAGGAAAUUGUCCGCCUGGAGCAAAAGAUCAAAAGAAAUGAUGUCGAAAUUGAAGAGGAAGAAUUUUGGGAAAAUGAAUUGCAGAUUGAACAGGAAAAUGAAAAACAGCUGAAGGAUCAACUUCAAGAAAUAAGACAGAAAAUAACAGAAUGUGAGAGCAAAUUAAAGGACUAUUUGGCUCAGAUCCAGACUAUGGAAAGUGGUCUUGAAGCAGAAAAAUUACAACGGGAAGUUCAGGAGGCACAAGUCAAUGAAGAAGAGGUUAAAGGAAAGAUUGGUAAGGUCAAGGGAGAAAUUGACAUUCAAGGCCAACAGAGUCUGAGGUUAGAAAAUGGCAUUAAAGCUGUAGAAAGAUCUCUUGGACAAGCCACCAAACGAUUACAGGACAAAGAACAAGAACUGGAGCAGUUGACUAAAGAGCUACGGCAAGUCAACCUCCAGCAGUUUAUCCAACAGACGGGGACAAAAGUUACUGUUUUGCCCGCGGAGCCCAUUGAAGUAGAGGCCUCACACGCAGACAUAGAAAGGGAGGCACCCUUCCAGUCUGGGUCCCUGAAGCGACCUGGUCCAUCUCGGCAGCUCCCCAGUAAUCUUCGUAUUCUGCAGAAUCCUAUCUCGUCUGGUUUCAAUCCUGAGGGCAUCUACGUAUAACGUUAUCUGUCUUUAGGAAAGAGACCCGAUAAAGGUACCAAGGACAGUAAGAACUCCUUCUUUGAUUUGUGCCAAUGAUGAACAGAGGAUCUAUUUCACAAGCCACCGUCUCUUUUUUCUGUCCUAAAUUGCAUACCACUCGGAGCCAUACCCUGUGCACUGAUGCUAAAGAACAAAGAAACUGUGUUUUCACACACAUCGACAGUGUUGACGUGUUUGUCCAGCAGCUGUAAUGCAAAGCCUUCAUUUUUAUUUGUAGCAUUUUGAGAGAGUUAGGAAGUAUUCUGCUGUGCGUAUACGUAAAUAAAACCAUGACUUAAGAGCGAAGAGAAAUAUAUGACUGACUUAGUUUAAUUUAUUCCAUAUAAUCGAUUAGUGGGUGAAUGUUGUUGUUUUCAUAUUUUUUGUGAUGACUUAUCCUGUGACUGAGUUACAUUCUGAAUUGUGUGACUAGGACUGUGCACGCCACCAGUGUCCAUCCGUACUGCUGGCCUGCAGCUCUGCGAGUGCCAUAGGGAGCUCCAGCGUCUGCCCUAACUCCAGAGGAACCCACUUGUGUUUAGCUUGUGUACCUCUCCUAGCCAUUGCCUCAUUAGACAAAAUAAUUCAGGUUUUAGUUUUCAUCUGGACUCGGAUCUUUUCUUUACAGUAUUUCCAGCAUAUGAAUGACCACAUAUCCAGAAGAGUAAAUUGUAGGUUUAAAAGAUUUGCAGUACUUCAGACACUUUAAACAGAAGUGUAGUUGUUAAAUCAUCUGUCCAAACAGGCAUGGGGUUUCCUAAUAAAUUAUGUGUUUUGUUCCUGCCCUGCCUUAAUCGUUUUAAUCUCAUGGAUUCUCAGAGUCGCCAUAAUACGUAAGUAAGAGAUAUCUGGUUGAUCUGCUUCAGAAAGGUUACUUUAAGUGAUAGAUCUUUAAACUAACCCACUUAGGUAUGUAUAGUCUGUUGGUGUAAGCACCCAUGGGUAAGUUCCUGCUUACACAUAAUUUCCUCUGUACUUUAUAGAUUGUCGCCAUUUCUCCAAUCACUUAGAUAGAAAGUACAUUGGAGUUAGAUAUUUUUUACAAAGGAAAUAAAGUUAAAUUUUUUUUUUCAUUUCUGAGCUUGGCUUUUACAGGAUAUGAGUCUCCCAAUUGUACCUCUAUUUUCUUAUUUAUUUAUAAAACCAAAAAUGAGUUGACACCUCUCCCUUGAGUAGGGACUUAACUGAGAUUCACAAGUAGUAUCUGGAUGGAUGUGGUCAGAUCCCAUUUUGCCAUUUUUACACUCCCUCUGAUCAAAAUUUGGUACAACAUAAGUAAGACCUUAACCUGAAAUUUAAAGUAGUUUUUAAUUCUGAGGAAACUGUAUUCUCUGUAUUACUUUCAUGCAACAAAGUAAAAGUGGAUUAGUAUAUUAAUGCCAUGGUAACAAUAAAAAGAUGUAAGUUUUAUCUUAUGCAUGAGGGCAACUUUGGAUGUUUUAACACAUUUGACUUAUUUAAGUGAAUGCUGAGAAUGCUGCAUUUAGGUUUCCAAUGAAAAAUUUUAAGAAUGGCUAUGAAAAUAUAUAGAAGCUUCUAGAAAACUGAAGGUAAUAAUGCAGAGUUGCCUUUUCUAGUCCAGCUAAAUGGCAGACCUCAACUAAAGAUAGUAUUUUCUUUGGGUUCUUGGAGUUAUCGAAUUGACCUUGCCAUGAUACUAUUUUGCAAAUAACUUGAGGAAUAAUUUAUUCUUACCUACAUAACCACAACUUAUACAGAUUUGUUCUCAAUUUAUAAUAGUUAUUUCAUAUCUAUAUAUAUUUAAAAAUUAGAAUUAAAAAUAAGAUACUUUAUAGAUUUUGUGAUGGUAAUGAUUUAUGUAUGCCCAAAAUAUGCCUUAUUUUUAAAGGGUUCCAUCCUAUACUAAGAGUCAUUUUGUUAUUGUUGUUCAGAGAAAUUAAGAUCUUAUUCACAAAGAAAAACAUUUUUAUAUAUCGAUCACAUUCUAUUUAAAUCAAAAUGUUAAACUGAAGAUAUAUUAAACAUUGCAGUUUUUAAUUGCAAAGAUGCCUUGGUAUGCCAUAAAAAACACAAAGUCAAUGUCCAACUUAAUUGUUGUAAAUUAUUAUCAACAUUAAUCUAAUAACUUUAAGACUGGCAGCGUUGUGACAACUUCCUCUGAAUUUACAAAUGCCAAAUAAUCUUUAUGGACCUAAUUACAGAUAGAAAUACUAUUUCCUAGAGGCGAAGAAUAUACAAAUGUGAAUUUGAUAAAUAUAUUGAGCAGCUAUACUUUUUAAUCAGUCACAUUACUUCUGAAAGAACAUCUCUAAGAAAUAUUUUCUAAGUCUUUUUAAAAUAGAAGAAAGAAAACUCGUUUCCCUUAGAACAUCUUAAAAAUAAUAUAGUCUAUUCCUAUUGUGAACACAGAGGAGUUAGAUUAAAUGCCACAUCUUUUGGAUACAUUUCAGGGCUGGGGAGGCAGGGCAAGAACAGUGGGCAAUGAUAUAUAAAAAUACCAAAUAUAAAAUUUUGCAUCUGGGGGAAUAUUCAGGUUCUAAAUACUAAACUAGAUUAAAGGGUUUUUUAGUUGUUGUUAUUAUUAUUAUUAUUCUGCAGGUUGUUUCAUUAUAAUUUCCUUUAAGUAUUAACUACAUUAGAAGAGAAUUUUUUUUUUCUUACCAAGGAAUGAUUUGAAAUAGCAUUGUGUCUAGCAUCCUCAGAGAAUGAUCCAUAGUGGGUUUCCUCAGUUUUUUUUUUUUUUCUAUGAGCUUUUUUUUUUUUUCAAUGAGUGUUUUGAUUUAUUAGCAUGAUUUUUGUCCUGAUGCGCAGGGAAUUUAUAUGUGGGACUUUGGUUGGUAUUAAUAGGAAUUACCCAUUUAAGUCCCUCAGUCAUUCCUGAAGUAAUCAACAAUUCCCAUAGUUCAAAUUAAUCACAAAAUUGAGCUAAAACAGCAAAAAUACAGAAUUUAUGGUGUGAAAUGUGAUUAUUAAUAGUGUUUACGAAAAACAAAUAAAGAACUUGCUUCCAGAGCAUAAAUAAAUUUUGUACCUGCAUUAAAAGGACAUUUUCUUUGUGAAUAAGAGAAAAAUGGUCUUUAGAGUAAAGAAACUACAUUUAAAGCCAUUUCUGUGAACAUCUCUCCAAGUUAGAACUAUAAUAACAGAUUGUGGCAAUGAUAUGGAAAAGGCAAAAACUCUUGAUUUCAGGUGUGCAAAGGAUGUGGGCAGAUGGGCAUUUCCCUGUGUGCAUUGCCUUUGAAAAAUUGGGCCUUAAUUUAUAUGUAGAUAACAAUGCUGUAUUCCCAUCCCUCUUCUACCUAAAGUUGUCUUUAUUAAUCUCUAUUGUAUUAAAAUUUAGCUCAUAAGUAUUACUUUUAUAUUAUGUCCAUUUUUUUGCAUGUUUAUACUAUUUGCUACAGUAUUUUUAAGUUUUGGGUGAAGGCCAUCAGCUGUGUGGAGGAGACAAAACAAUCACUAUUUAUUCAGUAUUGCUGCUUUACAUUUCCAGAAUAAGCUUUCGAUGCCCAGACACUUGACUGCUUGAAAGCUGCAGGAGCUCUAUUCCAAUGCAUUUUAUAUAUUUUUAGAAACCAAAUAAAUGCAGAUAACUAUUUAGUAUACUAAUUAUAUUAAACCAGCAGAAAUAUAAAGGCAAUAAAGUAUAUACAUAUAUAUAUGGGGGGAGGGAAAGAUUAAAAAAUAGGUUUACAGCCAGACAUGGUGAUAGCCCUAAAUAUAUUUCCAAUCUGUCUUUCUUUAUUGACCCAAGGAGGAUUUGAGUUGCUGCAGCUUUAAACAGAAAAUUGCCACAUUCACUACUGUGGACACAUAAAUAUGCUUUUAGUACUGCUUUGCUUAUGUACCAAUAAAAUAUCUGUAAUAUGUAUUAUAUGUAAUUAUUCUUUUUUCAACUUUCAUUUCAAAAUGUAUAUUUUCUGAUUAUUAUCAUGAGCUGUAAAACAAAGGAUUGAUAUCUGAUAUUCUCCCAAGUAAUAAAUUUUCAGGAUUCAUUGGGA